UGACGUCCGAAGGUCACUGAACACUGCCUGUGCAACUGAAGAGUCCCCACAUGAGCAUGGACAUCGCCGCAGUGAAUGCUCUCCCUUAUGAGGAUUUUGUGAAUAUUCUGGGGAACGUGGUGGAGAGAUGUCCCAUUAUAACAGCUGCUGUGUGGUCGAGGCGUCCCUUUUUGAGCUUUGGUGAUUUGGAGGGUGCAAUCAGUGAGUUCAUCGAUGCUCUCCCAGAAUCAGGCAAAGAGGGGAUCCUCAGGUGCCACCCGGACCUCGCGGGCAGGGACCUCCAGAGCGGCACCUUGACACUUGAGUCGCGCCAGGAGCAGGCAGGUGCCGGGAUGGAUGCACUGAACUCCGCGGAAGCCUCGCGCAUGGCCCGGCUCAACCAGGAGUACAAGGAGCGCUUCGGGUUCCCGUUUGUCAUCUGCGCCCGGAUGAACGACAAAGCGAACAUAUUACGGCAGCUGUUCGAGCGCUGCCAGAACGAGCGCGCGGUGGAGAGGGCGCGCGGAAUAGAAGAGGUGAAGAAGAUAUGUCGCCUGCGUCUGCAGAGUCUCGUGCUCACUGACGCACCAAACAAGCUAUGAAAAUGUAAUAACUGGAUUUUUAUAUGUACUUCUGCUGUGCCGAUGUAAAGAGUAAAGACUGCCAUUGCUCCAAGGCAUGUAUAGGCUGUGAUAUUUACUUUAUUCCAAAUUUAUCAUGUGUUAUUCAUGCACCAUACUGUACAAUGAAUU